CGGCACAGAGGCCGCAGCUGAAAACAACAAACACAGACGUUCAAAGACUCGAUAGUGUUUUUACUAGUGUGUUUCAGAAGCUCAGAGAGACAGAACACAAUGCCUUCUCUGAGGCGACCCACUUCAGCUUCAAUUCUCGUAUCUCUGCUGUUCCUAUUCCUCUCUGUCUUUCUCCGCCCAACUCUCGCCGACGGCGUCACUCCCGAGGAGGCCAAGCAGCUCAGGGACACCCUUCUCCUCCAAUCACCCCUUAAAACUAAAACUCAAAUCAAUUUGGGUUUUUCUUUCAAUUUGGGAAAUGUUUUAUCAUGCAUUUAAUGGGUACAUGGACCAUGCUUUUCCACUAGAUGAGUUAAAGCCUCAGUCUUGUGGGGGUGAAGAUAGCCUCGGUGGAUAUGCGCUAACUUUGAUUGACGCUUUAGACACACUAGCUUUACUUGGUGACCGGGACCGCUUUGCUGCCUCUGUUGAAUGGAUCAGUAAAAACCUUCAGUUUGAUAUAAAUAAGACAGUAUCUGUCUUUGAGACUACCAUCCGGGUCCUUGGGGGUUUGCUCUCUGCACACCUUAUAGCAAGUGAUUAUGCUACGGGCAUGAGAAUUCCAACGUAUGACAACCAGUUACUGAACUUAGCUGAGGAUCUAGGCCGACGAUUGUUACCUGCAUUUGACACUCCUUCAGGAAUUCCUUUUGGAUCUGUCAAUCUGAGGCAUGGAGUUGAUGAACAUGAAAGCAAGAUUACAUCAACAGCUGGUGGUGGGACUUUGACUUUGGAAUUUGGAGUGCUCAGCCGCUUGACAAAUGAUCCCAUAUUUGAACAAGUGACCAAGAAUGCAGUGCGUGGACUUUGGGCUCAGCGUUCAAAGCUCAAUUUAGUCGGUGCCCAUAUUAAUGUUUUUACAGGUGAAUGGACACAAAAGGUAACAUUCCUUCUAACAACAUAAUAACCGUGAUAAACAUAAAGUGUGAGUCAGCGCAUAUCUACUAUGAAGAUAAAUAACAAUCUCUACAUAACUUCGCUUGGCAUUAAUGCACAAAUUGUGAAAACUAAGCCGAAAAGCCCCAUAUGUGAGUCAUGACUUGUAGAUUCUAAUUGUUUUACUGUUUUGGGAUGAUUAACUGGUUCACUAAUUUUUGUAUGUGAUUUUCAUCAGUUCUGUUGAAAAUAUUAGGCCAUUUAAUGUCUAUUGCAUAGUAAUUAGGAGAUUAUUUUCAUUGCUUAUUUUAGAAACAGGGUUAUAGGUAACUUUACAACAGAAUUUCUCUACUGAUUAGAUUGUCAAUUUUAUUUCAACAGAAAUUUCAUUUCAAAAGAUUUCUAUUGAUCAUUUAAUUGAUGAUGUUUUUUUCCCGCUCUUCCAUUGUACUUUAGUUUUGAGUUGUAUUUCACAUUUUGGGGUUCUUCUAUCUUGAUUAUCAUAGAUAUAAACGUGCAAGUGAGAUAUAAGCUAACUUUCUUCCAUUUAGGGAUUAAACUCUUUCUUCCAUUUCUCUUAACUGUCAAGCAGUUGUGAUAUAAGCCCCAAAUACCUAAUCUUUGCAUUGCCAAAAAAAAAAGAGACCUAAGCUUUGAGUUAGCCAUUAAUAGUUGGGCUGCUAAGCCUUUGUCCUUAGCUACCCCCUAAUCCAUCGUCACUUAUCACACGAAAACGCUCAUAUCUCCCUCUAUAUUACGUACUUUGGUCAAACCUUCCACACGAAAAACUUUCACGUAGAUGAGACACAACCGUCUAUAUAAAACUUUUGAGACAUUUACCUUCCGAUGAUAGGGCUCCCCAUAGGGAAUAAUAACAGUAAAUAGUAGACACGUUGUGAUUCCGAUGACUAAAAUUCACAAACCAAAAUUCGGCCGUCAGAUAUGAUCAUUAUGACGAAAGAUGUCUAUGGUAAAAAAUUCAACUGGAUUCGACAACGUUAAGGGCUCGAUCAAAACGGUUAACUCUAAUCAGAAAUAAGAAAACUGCAUUUUGAAGCCCUAAACGGACUCGGAUGGCCAAAAAGGCCCAUAUGUCAUGG